AUGGUGCUGCUGCUGCUGGUGGCCAUUCCGCUGCUGGUGCACAGCUCCCGCGGGCCGGCGCACUACGAGAUGCUGGGUCGCUGCCGCAUGGUGUGCGACCCCCACGGGCCGCGAGGCCCCGGACCCGACGGCGCUCCCGCCUCCGUGCCCCCCUUCCCUCCCGGCGCCAAGGGAGAGGUGGGCCGGCGCGGCAAGGCAGGUCUGCGAGGGCCCCCGGGCCCCCCCGGGCCCAGAGGGCCUCCGGGAGAGCCGGGCAGGCCGGGUCCCCCGGGUCCUCCCGGCCCGGGCCCCGGCGGGGUGGCGCCCCCUGCCGGCUACGUGCCUCGCAUCGCCUUCUACGCGGGCCUGCGGCGGCCGCACGAAGGUUACGAGGUGUUGCGCUUCGACGACGUGGUGACCAACGUCGGGAACGCUUACGAGGCGGCCAGCGGCAAGUUCACCUGCCCCAUGCCGGGGGUCUACUUCUUCGCUUACCAUGUGCUCAUGCGCGGCGGUGACGGCACCAGCAUGUGGGCCGACCUGAUGAAGAACGGACAGGUCCGGGCCAGCGCCAUUGCUCAGGACGCCGACCAGAACUACGACUACGCCAGCAACAGCGUCAUCCUGCACCUGGACGUGGGCGACGAAGUCUUCAUCAAGCUGGACGGCGGGAAGGUGCACGGCGGCAACACCAACAAGUACAGCACCUUCUCCGGCUUCAUCAUCUACCCGGACUGA